AAUCUACAUCAACACACUCAUGCUGAGGUCAGCCAGCUAAUGCAUGUCUCAUGAGAAGGUGGCAGUAGCCUGUCUCUGAGAGUAUUUGAAAGCAUAGACAGACAGAAAGAGGCGGUGUAUAUCUUCUCCUCUUUGUCCCUCCUCUCCUCCUCCACCAUAGUAGUCUACUCCUCACGCCGCAGUCAGUCUCUCCUCGCAUCCCGCUGCAAACAGGAUGACUCACAACAACCUUCACUUCACCCUCACCUUCAUUUAACCCAGCCGGUGUGUAUCCACACACACUGCGCACCAUUUCUGCAUCAUUUCCCCGCUGAAACAGCAGCAGCAUGAUGCCCGACACGGCGGCGGCCGCUGCUGCAUCAUCGGCGAGCAACAUCAGCAGCAGCAGCAGCGACAGCGAGAGCUCGCGGCACAGACACCGAGCGCAGGGAGACGCGGAGCGGCAAGAGCAGCAGCAGCAGCACAGCGCUGCCACUCAGUCCACAUCAGCGGGCGUUUUGGAUAAGCUAUUUGGGAAGCGGCUGCUGCAGGCCGGGAGACACAUCAUGUCCCAUAAAUCCUGGAUGAAGACGGUGCCCACAGAGAACUGUGAUGUCCUUAUGACGUUUCCAGACACCACAGAUGACCACACACUGCUCUGGCUUCUGAACCACAUACGGCUCGGCAUCCCAGAACUCAUUAUCCAGAUCCGACAUCACAAACACACCAGAAUGUACGCCUUCUUCGUCACGGCCACAUACGAAAAUCUUUUACGAGGGGCUGAAGAGAUGGGACUGCAGAAAGCUGUGAAGCCGGAGUUUGGUGGCGGGUCUCGCAGUUUCUCCUGUGAGGAAGAUUACAUCUACGACAACAUUGAGAGUGAACUCUGUUUCUUCACUUCACAGGAACGUCAAAGCAUAAUCAAAUACUGGCUGGACAAUCUCAGAGCUAAACAUGGGGAGGCCCUUCACAACAUACACUUCCUGGAAGGGCAGCCAAUCAUUCCUGAGCUGAGGGCGCGAGGUGUGAUCCAGCAAGUCUUCCCGCUUCAUGAGCAAAGGAUUCUGGGACAGCUGAUGAAGUCAUGGGUGCAGGCCGUGUGUGAAAAACAGCCACUGGAUGAUAUUUGUGAUUAUUUUGGAGCGAAGAUUGCCAUGUACUUCGCCUGGCUGGGUUUCUACACAACUUCCAUGUUGUAUCCAGCUGUUAUUGGCUUUGUAUUGUGGAUGCUCACAGAAUCAGAUCAGACCAGCAGGGAUAUCUGUUGUGUGGUGUUUGCUCUCUUUAAUGUGGUGUGGGCCACGUUGUUCCUGGAGCGCUGGAAACGCAGAGGGGCGGAGCUGGCUUAUAAGUGGGGUACACUGGACACCCCAGCCGAGUCCCUGGAGGAGCCCAGACCUCAGUUCAGGGGUGUGAAGCGGUGCAGUCCAGUAACGGGCUGUGAAGAGUUUUAUUACCCUCCGUGGAGGAGGAGAGUGUUCAGAUGGCUGGUCAGCUUUCCUGUCUGUAUAUUAUGCCUUUGCUUUGUAUUUCUGGCCAUGCUCGUCUGCUUUGAGCUUCAGGAAUUUGUGAUGGGGAUUAAGGAGCUUCCACGAGUAGCACGAUUUAUCCCUAAAAUCAUGUUGGCCAUCACUGUGACGGCGUGUGAUGAGGUGUACAGAAAGAUCGCCUGCUGGCUAAAUGACAUGGAAAACUACAGACUCCAGAGUGCCUAUGAGAAAAAUCUCAUCAUUAAAAUGGUUCUUUUUCAGUUUGUAAAUUCUUAUCUCAGCCUUUUCUAUAUUGGAUUCUACCUCAAAGACAUGGAGCGUCUGAAAGAGAUGCUGGCCACGCUGCUGAUUAUCCGGCAGUUUGUGCAAAACAUGAAGGAAGUCCUGCAGCCCUACCUGGCCGAGCGGCACAGAUUGGGUGAGCUCACGCUGCGGGCUGUUUGGGAGCUGCUGGUGUCUGCACUGCUCAAGUACGGGCGACUCGCAGCAGGGCGAGCGCAGGUCUCGCCCAGCGACCCCACUGUGCUCGGGUCAGGUCUGCACGGCCCACAGAUGGGCGAGGAGGGCCCACAAGAGAGGCGAGAACGCAAGUGUCUCAACGGAGGCUGUGGCGUCCCGGACGAGGAUGUGGAGGAGGAGCCUGGGGAGAGGCACAGCGAAGAAGAGAACGAAUCAGAGAGCCUCAUUGACUGCGGCCUGAAGCUGCGAAAGGUGAGCUUCAUUGAGAAGGUGGAGCGCAAGUCCGCAAGCUGCGUCAGCCCAGUGGAUGACAGCUUCUUGGAGGAGGGGAGCCCCACCAUGGUGGAGAGGGGCAUGGAUCCUGCCUCGGUUUUUGAGAUGUGCGAUGAUGAUGAUGAAAAUGGGGUUCCGGAGAUGAAGGAACUGACAGCGGAGUCGCUGCCAACAGGAUUGGAGAACAGCACGUCAGUCAGGCUCAGGAGGAGGGGGCGGAGCUUAGAGAGGGCUGACAGUAAGACGAAGAGAGAUUCAUGGAUGGAUCCUCCUGAGGAGCUAGAAACCGCUACGCUGACACAGGCCGAGAUCGAGAGCUGCAUGCAAACGAACCAGGACACAUUUCAGGACUACCAGGAGAUGUUUGUCCAGUUUGGAUAUGUGGUGCUCUUUUCCUCUGCCUUCCCAUUGGCCGCCAUGUGUGCCCUCAUCAACAAUAUCAUUGAGAUCCGGAGUGACGCUUUUAAACUGUGCACCAGCCUUCAGAGACCUUUCGGCUUGAGAGUGGGGAGCAUCGGACAAUGGCAGACAGUGAUGGAAGCCAUGGGUCUGAUUGCCAUCAUAGUGAACUGCUAUCUGAUUGGUCAGUGUGGGCAGCUACAGAGACUGUUUCCCUGGCUUAGUCCCGAGAUGGCUAUUAUCUCCAUUGUCAUCCUAGAGCACUUUGCAGUACUACUGAAGUAUAUAAUUCAUGUGGCAAUACCAGACAUCCCAAGCUGGGUGGGAGAGGAAAUGGCCAAGCUGGAGUUUCAGCGCAAAGAGGCAUUCAAGAAGCAUGAGCGUCAGGCACAGCAGCAUUACCAGCAGCAACAGAGGAGAAAGCGUGAGGAGGAGGAGCGGCAGCGCCAGGCGGAGUAUCAGGCCCGGCGUGAUCGAGACGACGGCCGCUCUGACUCCUCGGGAGGCGACCACCACCACGACAAGAGCCAAAGUGGCAAAUCCAGACCAGGGGGUGGGGGAAGUGCUUCUGGGGGGGAGAAACCCAAGCGACCCAGCUCACUUCUCGGUAACAACAAUGUCAUGAAACUGAAGCAGAUCAUCCCUCUGCAGAAUAAGUUUUCUUCCGGCACGGCCCGUUCCCCACAGUCACCCACGGGUAGUGAACCCAAGCUACCGGGUUUUCUUAGUUUCAAGUUCCUGAAGUCUCCUGAGAACAAGAAGGAGACCGCAACAGCUUCCUCUAGUACGUCAACAGUUCCUCCAGUCCAGGAGAGGGCAGAGAGGUCCCAGUCACCCAACAAGUCCUUCAAUCCUGGGAAACUCUUUAACUUUGGGAAAUCAGAAGGAGGGGCAUGUGUAAACGGGGCUCAACCUUCAAAACCAGGGGAUGGGGGACAAAUGCACGACAAGCCCCCCAAUAAGUCCGACCUCAACGGGGUUCCGGACGAAAUCCCAUCCCCUUGUAGAGAGAAUGAGGAGAAUGGAUCCUCAUCCGAUGCUGAUCCUUCAGGUCCUAAGAUGUAACAAGAAAAUGAUCUCCAUUAAAAAACAGUGUGAGAAACUACUUAGUAACACUGAGGGAGGGAGAGAGGGAAGGAGAAGGUCCUCUUCUGGUUUUUGAGGCUGUGUAAGGGGCUGUUUACACGACACCGUUUGAACUAAAAACAUGUGUGUUAGUCGUUCAUUUACACGACAGUGACGUUUUGGGGUCCUGAAAACGGGUUUCAAAGUGCACGUUUUUGAAAACGAUACCGUUAUACUACAAAAACGCGAAUCUGUGAAAACGGUCAGGUCAUGCGCAUGGCAUGCGUGUUACUUGUUCAGUCUAAAGGUGCGUAGUGUUUCUUUACAAAGUGACAUCGCCAUCUACUGGCCUGGCAGCAUAAUACAGCGUUUUCAGUCGUUUCUGCGGAUCCGUGUGAACAGGAUCCGCGAAGGAUAAACGUUUCCGUUUUUAGUACAUCGUGGUCGUGUAAACAUACCCUAAGACUUGACCCGGAAGCUGUUAAGUAAAAUAUAUAAGGGGGAAUUCACUAAAGGUCCGGGUACACUUCAUUUUCCGUGUUCCGCUUCAUCUAACGCACAAUGAGGUGCGCGAGCACUUAAAAGUGUACUCUAUUGACUAGGUAGCGCAGAUGGAUGUUCAGCGCUACCUUUUUUAAAAAUCUCUCACACAUGCACUAUUGUACAUGCACAAGUCCACAUGGACACAAAAAUUGGGCUGCAAGUAUGGUGUGCACAGACAUCAGCGGACAUGCUGACUGUCUGCAAGCCGGAGCGGAACACGGACUAGAGAAGUUUACUUUCGGCUUUCGAAUAUAUUGCGCCCACAAAUUAGCGUUGUGUGUUUGCACGUGUUGUCCGCGUUGUUUUAGCACCCGAUUCACUUAAGUAAGCGAAUCAGGUAAUGGUUGCCACGAAAGUACUUGCGCCUUAUUUCCAGACAAUAGCUUAGAGACGGCGGCUGGUACAAUUUUCACAGCAGGAACUUUUUAAAACUAUUUGCUUGCUACAAUUACUACUGGAAAAUGCACACAAACAUCCAUUUUAAAAUAAAACGUUUUCUGUCAGCGCUUCAUUUGGAUAGAAAAUGAGCUGACGAUGAAAGAAUGACAAAGACGUCAUUUAAAUACGCAUGCCACCGUGCUAUAUUGGCGCAUAUAGAACCUGGUUAAGUUGGAUCGCAGCUGGUAAACAAGACCCGCGGUUUUGUGCGGAAAUGCCACACGCUACAGUGGUGCAACUGUUUAGUGAAUUCGCCCCAUAACGGUUAAUGCUUUGCUACAUUUCAGAAGAACUCCAUAGAAAAGACCCCCUCCAAACACGUAAUCACACACACAUUGCCUUUUCUGCAACCCAAAUAGGAAUGCAUGAGCUGCGUUUCUGACGGUUUUUAAAGUGCAAUGUUUAAUUACUAGUUUGAUAAUUGUAACAUAUUGGGUUGCCUGUAGAAAACAAAAACAAGUUUAUACCAAUCACACAGUAUGACCUCCAUAACAUCAUAACAAUAAUCACACAAUAAGCAGCAGUUCCAACUAUGGGUGAUUUUAGGCCUGAAAACUUUUGUAUGUGUUUAAAACAGCUGGUUUAGUAGAGCAAUAGCAACUUUACAAGCAAAAACGACUGGUGGUUUAGUAAGUCCAUACCGAAUAAUAGGCCCCGAAUGGCAAUAUUUUCAUGUUAAUUAAUAAGAUAAAAUAUCAAUAAUGAAAAGUGCAAGAGACAAAUGCGAAGGGGUGUGUGAUGUCGAUUACUUAUUUGUUUGAAAUUCAUAUAUCCAUUUCACACUAUUGUGAAGCACUGCACACAAAGGCAGCAGGAGAGGCCGGAUGGAUACCCAUCAUAAAAGUGUGUGUCAUCUCCUGAAUUUGACAGCCAUCACAUUGCAUUGCCACCGAUAUUCUUAUCAUUAUAGCUCUGUUUUGAACCUUCAAGCUGAUAUGUUACCUACAGAGCAGACUUUAACCCCUCUUAACUACAUCACAUCAGAUUGGAAACUACUCUAAGAUCACUACAUAAUUCCCAUACUUCAUUUAUAUUAUUUCAUAGUUUUGAUGGCUUUCCCAUUAUUCUAAAAUUUGGAAAUUAGUAAUAAUGAGUAUUUCCAAACCUUUCACUGGUAUUAUGAUAAUGCUUUAAUAAUUCAAUAUUAAUUAUCCUGCAAGCCAAUAUAAGCAGUACCAUGCCUCAUUACCAUCCUCGUUACAUAUGAAAAUGCUCCAAUUUAUUUUUUAUUAUUACACUACUGAAAUAAUAUACUGUCACUUUUUUACUCCAAUUUAAUAUUCAGCAUUUGUUACCAUUCAUGGCUACCUUUUUAUAUAAUUGUUUCAUUUUUUACUGAAGCAAAACUAAUAUUUGCACAUUAUUUUAGUGUAAUGCUGCUAAGCACGUGCUUCGGUUUGGAAAUGUGAAGGAAGAUGUAAUAGUUUCUCAAACAAACCGUCUCUGUCUUUAGAGGCGGUUUGAAUGUGUGUUUUUGAAAGAACUUCUUUGAAUUACUAAGCUUGUCCUGAGCAACUACGGGAGGGUCUUAUCUUAACACAAUGUGCUCAGUUGUUGCUAUCGAAAACCCAUUACACAAGUCACGGUGUCACACCCAAUGAAGGGUUUCUGUGAAGCAGUGGAAUCUGUGUAUGAGCUUAUAUUCCAGCGUAAGGUCAUGAAGAAACAAGAGGUGCCUCAAGUAAUGGAUUAUUACAUUUUUACUUUUUAGUUUCAUAGGGAAAAAAAAAACAAGCUAUGCAUUUGUUCUUUAUUUGGUUGACAGGAUUUGCUGAGCAGACAUUGUUGCAAUAAUAUUUUGGCCUGAAUGGUGAUUUGAAUCUGUUUUAUGUUUAGUACAUGUUUAUCAAGCCAUUAAUUUAUUUCAUCUCAUUGACAACAACUACAACAACCUGGCCUGACACAGCAAUACACUUCCUGUGGGUCUUGAAAUGUUAGUUAUAUUAUCACGACUACUAAUAUUGGAUUUGAAAAUAAAAUUGUAAGAUGUAAUUUGUUAUGUGAAAAUGUUGGAUAUUUUAAAUAUUUAAAAGUCACUGAGGCUCCUGACUGAUGGGCUGUCAAAAAUUUGGCUUUUUUUUUUUUUUUUUUGUUGUUGCUUUCUCUUUGACCUGAACUCCGUGAGGCUGCUGUAAUGUUUUGUCAUCACUGUAUCAUCCGUCCACAUCAUAUGGUUAAUGUAGUCAGACCGUCGGCUCUGGCAUAAAAACAUUUACGUUUUCGUUAUUGUUGUUUAAUUGAAAGAUGUGAAUAGUUAAGCUGCCGAUAGCUGGAAGCAUUACGAGGAUGCAUAGGUUUGUCGUGUAAGAACUGCUUUACAUUCGGUCUAACUGUGAAAUAUGAACUGAUUGUGAUGAGGGGGCCACAGAAUUCCCUCUCUGAAGGCAACCUCACAAACCUAUCAUGAGCUCUUCCAAUGUUCCACUGUAAAACUUUUCUUUAUUAAAGAAGGGAAUGGGAUUAUUUAUUUCUUUUAUUUUGUCAUAUUUUUGUAAGAAUUGAAAUGGAAUAAUAAACAGAUUUAAAUUUA